AUGGAUUAUGAAGAUGGAGACAGUCAGGAAUACACUGGCAAGAGUCCACGCAGAGAGAAGCCCAACCAAUUCACGAUAUCCGCUUCCAAGAAGCGCAAAGUCUCUCAUGCGUGUGUCUACUGCCGGCGGUCUCAUAUGACUUGUGAUGAAUCGCGGCCAUGUCAACGAUGCAUAAAGAGAAAGAUUGCACAUUUGUGUCAUGACGAAGUGUCGAAACCGUCGAGUUCUCCACCGCCACCGGGUAAUGCAAGCCCAAGUGGUGCAUCAGUGGACUUGUCUCGCUCCAUGCAACAAUCAUCAAACUCGCCAUUACUUGACUCGCAAAAUCAACAGUUCUACCUACCGCCGCAGCUCAACGAAGACAGCAGUCAAACUGACUUUUUGAUAAAUUCGAAUACCGAGUACGGUUAUAUGCCCCCGCUUUUUGCUUCUGAGCACGUCGGAGGUGAAUUUGUGGCUUUUGAUCUUCUAGCGUCGCUUGCUGGAGGAGAAAUCACGGAUAUAGGACUGAGUCCGCCGACAGGAUCUGAUGACGAUGGUAGCUUGAACUAUCAUCGAAUGGCAGCAGCUAGUAGAGCUGGUCCGAGUAAUUUAUUAGAACCGCAACAACAAUACAUGUCGCCAAAGAUGACCAAUGGCAUGAGCAAUGGGAGUAGCAGCAGUCUGGUUGACUCGCCAUCAAAUUUAAACUAUCCAGAAGAACUACCGAUGCAACCUAGCGCGGAAACUGUCGAUACUCCAGAACCCAUGUCAACUGAAAUGAGCUCGCAGACCGUGAAUGGCAUCCCUGUAAAAUCAAAAACCGAAAAAUUCAUCCUCACAGCCGCAGAUCGUAUGGACGAUACGAAAAACAAUGAUCGGCUCACACAAUAUAUAGCAACCAAGUUUGAAGCGGGUUUGCUCAAACCGUAUAACUAUGUACAGGGAUAUGAACGCAUGUCUAGGUGGAUGGAGGGACAUGUGUCGGGACCUUCAAAGUUGAGGAUUUUGAACAUUAUCAAUGCUUUAAGGCCUGCAUUUCGGAAUGUCGGACAGACUGUUACUGAGAUGGAUUUGGUUUGGGCUGAAGAAGCAUUUGAGCGACAUAUGCUUGAGUACGAUCGCACGUUUAGUGCCAUGGGAAUGCCAGCAUGUCUCUGGAGGAGAACUGGGGAGAUAAUGAAGGCGAAUCGAGAGUUCGCUGCCCUUCUCGGUAUCGAGUUGGCUCAAUUGAAGGAUGGGAAGGUUUGCAUGUAUGAGCUCAUGACGGAACAUUCGGCUGUGAAUUACUGGGAAAAGUAUGGAUCUAUAGCCUUUGAUUUGAGUCAAAAGGCCGUCUUGACUACAUCGACAUUACAAGAUCCGUCGAAUCCGAAUGGUAAACUACCUAUAUUCUGUUCUUUCUCCUUUACGAUCCGGAGAGAUAGACAUGGAUUGCCGUUGAUGAUUGUCGGUAACUUUUUACCUGUUUCGCCUCCUGAGGCGAGUGUGACCUAUUAG